UAUCAACAAAGCUAAGUUUAAGAAUUCUCCUUCCUAGUCAACAUCCUCACCAAUCUCUCUCAUUCUCUAACCAAGAAAAAUCGCCUCCUCUUCCAGUUCAGUGUACUUCCCACAAUUCCCGGAAACAGUCCAUUUUCAAGGACUCAGGUCAAUUUUGUAGAAGAAACACUCUCGUGACUUUGGCCCCUGAUUUUUGCCAUAUAAAUCCUCCCCUGAUUCUAUAGCUGGCCGAAUAUUCUACGCUCUACUCUAACGCGUCACGUUGCCGCAUACCCAAAAACGGCACCGCUCGUCUUCAUCUCUAAAACUCUUCCGGAUUUUACGAAACCCUCAGAUUCUCAACUAAACCCACAUUUCCUUCCUUCACUUUUUUAAAACCCAAAUCACAAGAAAUCCCCAAAUCUCCGAAAACCCUAGAAUAUGGCAGACGCUUCUCGACCACCCGUCACCGGCUACCCGGCCCCGCAAUACGCCCAGCCCUACCCCGCCAACGGCUCCUACCCCAACUACCCGGCCUACCAGCAAGCCCCCUACAACGCGUACACCGCACGCGCCGCCUUCGUCCGCCGCUUCGUCAUCGCCAUGAUCUUCCUCUUCGUCAUCCUCGGCUCCCUCCUCCUCAUGGUCUGGCUCAUCCUCCGCCCCAAGAUCCCGGACUUCCGGGUCGACUCGUUCACUGUGACGAAUCUCAACGUCUCCUCCUCCGGCCAGUCCCUCACCGGAACCUGGGCCGUCGGGUUCGAUGUGUUUAACCCCAACAAGAAGAUGACGAUCGAGUACGACGAGAUCGGCGCCUCCGUGUUCUACCGCUCCCGCUUCAUCUGCGAGACCAGAGUGCCGCCGUUCCAACAGGGGAAGCGCGUGAGGAGCGCGGUGAACGCGACUCUCUCGGCGGCGAACUCGUUCGUGGAGGGCGGGGUGGCGAGUGGGAUCAACGCGGACCGGGCGGCGCGUGGGGAGGUGAGCUUUAAUAUAAAGCUGCUGGCUAGGGUGCAGUUCAGGAAAGGCGGGUGGAGGCUGAGGCGGCGGCUGCUGAGAGUGGUGUGCCGUGACGUGACAGUUGCGGUGUCGAAGAAUGGGACGGGGAUGAUGACCGGAGAAGGUAGAGAGUGCGGCGUUGCUGUCUGAGACAGUGAGUGAGUGAGUGGUUUUUUAAUCUCUCACUUCAGUUCAUUUACAAGUUUCUCUCUGAUUCUCUUAUGGUUUUGAAUCGAGACCAUUAAUAUGUAUUGUUUUAGGAGCAUGAGCUUUUACUAAAGAGAUUGAUGGGGGGUUAGGUUCAAUUGCUGUAUAGGGUUUUAACUUCAAUUCUUUUGUUUGUUCUGUUCAGUAAGAUGAUACCUUGGAUUUUAUGGUUCCUAUUGUUAUUAGUUUAGGAUCAAGGAAUGCGAUAUUAUUUCGAUGUUUAGUA